AUGUCAAAACUUGACAGAUUUUUGACAUCGACAGAUUGGAUGGAGGAGUUCCCUCUUGCAUUUGUGAAAACUUUACCCAGAACUUCUUCGGAUCACUGUCCCAUCAUGCUCAAUACGAGAUUGUUAAAGGGAGGCCCAAGACCUUUUCGUCUAGAUGUUGGAAAGCUUUUGAGUGUCAAACAUAAGUUGAUUGCUUGGAAGAAAAAGAAUAAUUUUGAUAUCAAAGCUAAAAUUGAUGGCGCCCUUGCUGAUAUAGAAAUGUUAGAUUUAAAGAUCCAAUCGAAUGGUGUGCUCUCGGAGCAAGAUGUGUUGGAACGUUGUUUGAAAAUUAAGGACCUUGAGGAAUUUCGCAGAUUGGAGGAAGUUUAUUGGAGACAUCGAUCUAGAACUAAAUGGUUAAAGGAAUAUGACCUUAAUACAAAAUACUUUCAUGUUAUUUCCAGUGCAAGAAGAAGAGUUUUCUUUAAAGUGUUGUCUGCUGAGAUGAAAAGUGUAUUGGAGAGGGAGGUUUCUAUGGAGGAAUUGCGUCAGGCAGUAUUCACUUUGCCUGGAGAUAAAGCAAUAGGUCCUGACGAUAUGUUCAAAGGGGUGAACUCUACUUUUCUGGCCCUUAUCCCCAAGAGAUCUUUGAUAUCGGAUUUGUCUGAUAUAAGAUUAAUCAAUCUACUUACUAGCCUCUAUAAAAUUGUUGUGAAGGUCUUGGCUGAGAGGUUGAAAACUAUUUUGCCAUUUCUUAUCUCUAGUACUCAGUCAGCAUUUGUCAAGGAUCUCCAUAUUACUGACAGUGUUCUUUUAGCUCAAGAAUGUAUUCAUUCUAGGGUUUUGAGUAAUAUUCCAAGUGUUGUUAUCAAAUUAGACAUGGAAAAAGCUUAUGAUCGUAUUUUGUUGGAAAACAUGAAGGCCAUGGGUUUUGGUGAUUGA